AUGAGUGAGUGGCAGUACGCUCGCAAGGCCUUGGAAGAGGUUAUUCGAUUAGCUGACGAAAAGACUAUGAAUACGGGUGAACUCCUGCUUAAAAAGGAAGAUGACUUUAAUGAAUUCAUUCGUUCCUGCGAUGACACAAUCAAUGAUCUUGACCAGUACUUUCGCACUAUUACAGGGCAGUUGGAGAAAUGGAAACAAAAUUUUAUUCAGGAGCUUCAGUCAAGCACUUCUUCCACCGCUUCCGAUUUCCAAAACCAGUGUUCUCAAAUAAAUGAUCAGAUUAGUCGAUUGAAGGAACUACGUGAUACCUCUGCGCAUAUACUAGCUACUGAACAAUUUAAAAACACAGAUUUAGUAUUUGAUGUUCAUGCUUGCAUAUUCAGUAUUAAUCAAGCAAUUGAACAUUUGAAUGAAUUCAUGGUUGAUUGUGUACCUCUCAAAUUUGUCGGAAAACUUAAUUUUGAAUCCUUUCCCAAAGCGAAUAUUGGAUCACUAGAGCGAUUGGCUGACAGUAACUAUGCAGAAAUUCUACCAAGCAUGCUUCCUAAAAUCAAACUCGGUCAGCUAUUUAAUUUGGACUUUCGAAUCUCUAAGAAAUACUGUGAAGCAGUAAAACGAUUUAUUACUUACUCUGUUACCAAAGAUGAUGGUCAAUUCCAGAAAGUUUGCGCGUACAUACAUGACAAAAAGGACGGUACCUAUAUUCUAAGUUUUCCCAUCACCGCUAUUGUUCCCCACACAGUAAACAUUUGCUAUUUGGGAGAACACAUUCGAAAUAGUCCCUACACAAUUGUCUUUAAAGUAGGACAGAACCAAGGAGGGUCAGCUUUUGGAAUGGGUGGACAUACGUCGGCUGCUAGUUUGAUGAGCUCAUCGAAAGAAGUAAUGGGAGAUGCAAUGAAUAAUUCAUUCAGGCCAACUGAGAAAUCGAAUGAAGUUCACCGUAAAGCACAACGAAGUCCCAGUUCAACUGACAGUUCUCAACAUAGCAACUACCGAAAUAGAGCCACUGGUAAUCCGCCUUCUAGAUCAUUACCUUAA